AUGGCGGAGAACGCAAACGUACAUACACCGACUGCAUCCAGUCCCAUCAAUCAGGUUCAUUCUACGCCGCCAAGAGUAGCACCACAUCGUGCAGGGAUACCUCCACCUACCUCUGCCACAACACGGUCACGACCCGUGUCUUCUUCCGCGUUGGUCGUUCCGCCGCCACCAGCGCCUGCUCCUUUCACCCGGCCUCCUUCAUCAACUGCAGCACCUACACCUCGCAUCAUCUCAGCUUCACGUUCAAUAUCUGCAUCUCACACUGCUCCGCCCUCUGCACGUCACACACCUUCUCCCGGCUCUGCUCCCGCUAUUCGAUCUUCUGCUGUCGCACGUUCUCAACCUCUGGCCUCACCUCCUCCAGCAAUUGCUAUCCUUUCAUCCCCUAGCAAUAUGCGCUCGUCGUCACCAGGAUACUCUCCACGCCGCCUCAUCCCUCGCUCAUUGUCGCCCCUACCUGAGACCGAAGUGGAUAUGCGCGCCACGCACGCAAGUGGCUCAACUCAACGGCCAAGCUCAACUCGCAAACCCUCCGCAUCUCAACAACCACCUGCGAACGAAGUCAUCUUGAUCUCCUCGGACGACGACGGACGCCGGUCGUCCUCGUCCUCUUCAUCAGAUGAAGAGGACGAACUUCCUUCUCCUCGCAAUGUAACCCUCACGCUGCGACGGAACUCUUUCUCUCCACGUUUCACCCCAUCACCGCCGCCAUCCCCUGAACCCGACCUGGGCAGUUUACCCACAGACGAGUUUGAGAUGAACGUGGAAGCCACAGUGUCAUUGCCCAACGACAAUAAGCGCGAUAAACCUCGUCGAAUACUCGUCGAUCGACCAAGUGGAAGUGUAUUCACGGUGAUGUAUCACGGUUUCGUCGAUCGCUAUGGUCGUGCCUCGCGUCGGCGUACAAACGUAUACGUGCCUCCGGUACCAGCCAAGGAACAUGCGGAGGACGCUUGUGCAAUCGAACUCCGCGACAGUAUGCAUAUACUCGUGGCUCAUAGCCAUCUGUCAGGCGGGAAGGAGCUCACUCUCGUCUCACGGUCCGGAGACGUUCACCACUUCAAGCGGAGGUUGAGACCAGGCGACAAGGCAGGCGCGAACGCAGUAUGCGCUCUACCGAACCCUCGGCGCUUUGUCGCGGCAGGUGCUGACCAUGCCAUCUACCAUUGGACAAUCACGGCCACGGCGCCGCCAUCAUCAGCACGUCUCGACUCAGAUUCGGAGGACGAGUUCAAGGCGGGUUUCAGCGCACAUGAACGCGUGUUGCCGUAUAAGCACACAAGCGCCGUACACGCCUUGCUCCCCCUGACCAACACGCUUCUCGCAUCUGGCGGUGCAGACUGCGCAGUGCGGAUCUUCGAUAUGGGCGCCCAGACUCUGGCGCACACGCUGAGUCCGAGCAAUGCCGUUCACAACCUUCAUUCGCUCGCAUCCACACAUCGUAAUAGCAUAUUGCUGGAAGUCUCGCAUAAGGAGCUUCAAUUCGAAGUACGCGAUACGCGACUUGACAAGACCUCACGUGUAUCGCGCUUCGGGUGGGACGCGGGCAAGACCAGCGGGAAGUACGUUCGUGGAGCGGUACGAGGCGAUGUAUUUGCGUGUGGAGAUCGUGAGGGCGUGGUACGGGUAUGGGAUUUACGCAAUACGCGCAAACCCAUUGAAAUAAAGAGUCUAUUCCGAGGCGCCAAGGUCGUGCAGGUUGCUUUCGAUGGCGGAAGGAUGUACGCUGUGUCUGAAGGGAACGAGCUUGCAUUCAUCAAUACCUUAUAG